UUUGCAAUUAUAUCGUUGUUAUUAGCCAUACAGACAAUGAGUGAAUCCACUUAUAAAUACGAUGCCGACGCUAUUCAGGCGCGUAAACCGGAGCGCCCAAUACAUCCCCUUCUGUUGUCGCGAACCUCUCCCCGAGAAAUGACGGGUCAAGAGGUGUCUGACGAUGAGUUGCGGGUGAUGUUUGAAGCGGCCCGUUGGGCGCCCUCCCACUACAACCUCCAGCCCUGGCGUUUUGUUUACGCCAAACGCAAUACAACUCAUUGGCAGCCGUUUAUGGACUUAUUGUGGCCAUUGAACCAGCAGUGGGCACAAACAGCCGGUGCUCUUGUCAUCGUUCUCUCUAAUAAGUGGUGGCUCUAUAAGGGAGAGAAGCAGUUGAUCCCAACCCACAGCUAUGACACCGGCGCCGCCUGGAUAUCGAUGGCAUUAGAGGGAACCGCUCGGGGACUUGUUGUACACGGAAUGGGAGGUUUCGACUACGACAAGGCCUACCAGUUGUUAGGCGUUAUAAAAGAUACCCAUAAUAUCGAUGCGAUGAUAGCUAUCGGCAAACGACCCGCAAAGGAGGAUCGCAAACAACAGGAAGCCAUCUCUCAGAGGAAUCCUAUCGACAAAUUUGUUUUCGAAGGAGUUUUCGUUAAUAACGACAAAAUCUAAAGUUCCCUUCCGUUCCCUACC